UUGUGGAUAAAACACAAGCUCCACGGGUUUUCUUUCAUUUUUGAAAAUAAGUGUUCGACAACAUUGGAUUCUUUUUUUUUGGAUUUUUAUUUUCGAAUGAUACACUGAGAAGAAUUCUCUGAAGGAUUGUGUCGAGCUUUGGUUUAGUGGUUCGUAAGAUUAAAUACAAGAUCAUGGCGGAAUCAAAAGUGGAGGAGAUUCCUGAUAGAAUAGCGGAGACGUUCAAAGGUCAGAACAUCCUCAUCACCGGUGGCACUGGUUUCCUGGGAAAAGUUGUGAUUGAGAAAUUUCUCAGAUGUUUACCAAAUAUAGAACAAAUUUAUAUGCUAAUCCGAACAAAAAAGGGAAAGGAUCCGAAACAUCGUUUAGAGGAAAUCUUCAACUCGCCGCUUUUUGAGAAAGUCCGGGAGCAAAGAGGAAUGGCAGCAAUUAAAAAAGUUGUCACAGUAGUAAACGGAGAUGUAUUGCUACCAGGACUAGGACUUUCUCCAGAAGACAGAAAAAUGCUCUGUGAUAAGAUCGACAUAGUGUACCAUGCCGCGGCCACAGUACGAUUUGACGAAUUGUUAAAGAAAGCUGUAUUGUUGAACACGCGCGGUACAAAACAAAUGUUGGACCUAGGCAAAGAAAUGAAGCACUUAAAAUUAUUUGCCCAUAUUAGCACAGCAUACUGCCAUCUUGAAGAAAAAGUUUUAGAAGAAAAGCCAUACCCACCACCAGCAGAUCCUCAUAAGAUAAUCAAAUGUGUAGAAUGGAUGGAUGAUGAUGUUGUUGAAGCUAUGACAGAUAAAAUUUUGGGAGAUCUUCCUAAUACGUAUGCUUUUACCAAAGCUUUAUCAGAAGGUCUUGUUGAAGAAGCAAUGCCACAUAUUCCAGCAAUUAUAUUGAGACCAAGUAUAGUCAUACCCAUAUGGAAAGAACCGAUUCCUGGAUGGACAGACAAUAUUAAUGGACCAACCGGACUUUUAAUUGGUGCUGGGAAAGGUGUGAUUCGAACAAUGUAUUGCAAUGAAACUGGUUAUGCCGAUUAUCUUCCAGUUGAUAUCGCGGUAAACGCUAUUCUUACUAGUUCUUGGAAUUUUCUGUACUGUAAGGAUCAUGAAAAGAGAGUUUACAAUCUUACAAGUAGCAGUGAAUUCAAGGUAUCAUGGGCAGAGAUUAUCGCGAGAGGACGAAAAAUAACAGAGAAGGUACCCUUGAAUGGGGUUGUUUGGUAUCCAGGUGGUAGCAUGAAAAAAUCAAGACUCAUGCACAACAUAUGUGUUCUACUUUUCCAUAUGAUACCAGCCUACCUCAUAGAUGCACUUAUUUUUCUUGCAGGCCAGAAACCAAUCAUGUGUCGCGUACAACGCCGGAUACAAAAAGGUUUCGAAGUUUUCGAGUAUUAUGCAAACAACCAGUGGGACUUUGACAACUCAAAUAUAUUCGAAAUACGUAGAAAACUAAACCCAGUGGAAUAUGAAAGAUAUCAACUACACGGGGAAGACAUGGAUAUAGACGCGUAUUUCGAAAUGUGUAUACGAGCGGCAAGAAUUUACAUUCUGAACGAGCCACCGGAAACUCUACCAGCUGCUCGAAGGCACUUGAGAAUCAUGUACUGGGUUGACGUGAUCACAAAAAUACUAUUCUUUGUGCUGUUGAUUUAUAUGUUUGCAUCCUGGAGUGAAAGUUUCAGGGCGCUUUUAAUAAGAUGCUGGUCGUUUGCUACCCGGGCUUUAUCACACUAAUUAAUCAUUGAUUAGUUUUUAAUAUUUUUAGUACCUUUACAUCUUAAAAUGACCAAAUGAACUGCGAAUUCUAUUUUUUUUUAGCAGUUGCUGG